AGUUGAUGAAAUUUGACGAUAAUAAUUGCGAUAAGGCCUUUCAUAACGGGUAUCAAAUUGACGCUUGUUCACAAGGCAAGAAUCAAGAUCCUAUUCUUGUGCAAGUGAACAUGAAACAUUUUGCCACGGUACUUUUAACCCUGACCCUUUUUGGCUGUGCCAUGUCGCAGUGGGUCAAUGACCUCGAUGGAACCCUGGAUUUCAACUGCCCGUUCGGAGAAACGAUUUCCCGAGUCCAGAGCAUUCAUGACAACGACUCCGAGGACCGACUUUGGGCAUUCGAAUGCAAGCCGAUUCCCAUUGACUCGUCGGAUCUCACGUGCCAAAACAGCGGUUAUGUCAAUGACUUUGACGAAGAAAUUACAUUUAAUUGUCCAUUUAAUGGAGUGAUCAGUGGGACUCACAGUGAGCACAGCAACCACGACGAAGACAGGAGAUGGGACUUCAAGUGCUGCGAAGCUUUGAACUAUUGCACAACAAAUUGCUACUUCACCCCCGAAGUGAAUGACUACGAUGGACCCAUGGAUUACACUGUGGAUACUGAUUACUACAUCAGUGGUGUUGCCAGUCAUCACGAUAACGGGAAAGAAGAUCGCCGUUGGAGAUUCUUCGUUUGCAAAGUCAUUACUUGCGGCGCGAAUUAAAUUGUGUUUUGUCAAAGGGAGAAAAUGCAUUAAAAUCCUGAUCCCCAUGUGCACUAA